AUUCCCGUGCAUUACGGCACCACGUGAUUUAUCUUGACCAAUAGACACGGCUAUCUGACCAACGGCGGAGAGCAACACAAACACAAAACAAGCCUAUUUAGUGCUCGCUGUGUAAUGUAGUGGACCAGAAAAUCCCGAUGGUCUGAGCUGCUUUUAUUUUAGAAGCUUCCUACUCGUGUCACACCGAGGUGAAUCACUCGGGUGAGAAAUUAAUUGUUAGCUGUGUAGUUAUCUCAUAGAUCUGGGAUGGGCGUUCCUCGGUUGUGCUUGCUUUGAAAAUACCGAGGUACUAGUUCUGCAUUGGUCGCCCCUUCCUAAGGAGGCACAAUGAAAUGACUUAAUUGGAGUCAUUUUACUAGCCCGUCGGAGUGCAUGACAGAAUGAAAUUAAAUGUCAGUUGUUCGCUGAGAUGUAACCGUAACCAGCUCGUUAGCGUUAGCUACCGUACAUAAUCUGUUGAAGAGCACACAUUGGUGAGGAUGCUACGAUGUUUAAGAAUGUGUUCGGGUCCGGGUUCCUUGUGAGGACCGCACAUGUUAUCUUGACAUGGGUGACAACACUGAUACUCUUCCUUCACGACACGGGUGCCCCUUGUGUUUGUGUGUCGUGACAGACUUGCGGAAGCAGGAGGAGACGGGCGAGCUGGCGCAGCCGGUGCUGUUUGUGACGCUGGUUCUGUUGUCGGUGCUGCUCUACUUCGCUGUCUCGCUUAUGGACCCGGGCUUCGUGCUGGCCGACGAUGACGAUGGUGAGGCUAAGCUGACCCUGGGCACUGGGGAGGAGCACCAGGACAUGCUCUCCCAGUCAGCCAAGUCCCUCCGGCAGCGGCGGUGUAGCCUCUGCCUACUGCAGCAGCCAAUGAGAGCCAAGCACUGCCAAACCUGUAAGCACUGCGUCCGUCGCUAUGACCACCACUGCCCCUGGAUAGAGAACUGUGUGGGAGAGCGGAACCACCGCUGGUUUGUCCUGUACCUGGGGGUGCAGCUGCUGGCCCUGUUUUGGGGGCUCUUCAUAGCCUGGUCUGGGUUUAGCCCCGCCCCUACCUGGGACCUCUGGCUGCGUGGCAAUGGGCUCCUAUUGGCUGCUGCCUCCAUUAUGGGCGUGGUCUCGGUAGUGGUGGUCCUGCUGCUCGGUUCGCACCUGUACUUGAUCUCCCAUAAUGCCACCACUUGGGAGUUCAUGUCCCGCCCGCGAAUCUCGUACCUGCGCCACUGUGGGGCGGACCAGAACCCCUUCGAUCGCGGGGCCCCUGCCAACCUCUGGAGCUUCUUUUGCGUUUGGGGGAUCGUGUCCUGGGAACAGAUGUAUUUCAGAGAGCCCAACGACCAUGCCUAGUACUCUCCCUCCCAUAUCUCCCCACCAGGCCUGGGUCAAACCGGCAUCUAAACACACUUUCAUGUUUUGGGUGCAGGUAAAAUUUGAAAACUCUCCUCCAGAUCCUUGGAAAAUUUUAAAUGAAGCAUAUUACUCAUCAAAAUGGACAAUUAGUGUAUGGAAGAAGAAUUAUUUAAUGAAUAUUUGAGAACUGUUUGUUUCUUUUCUAAUAGUAGUCAGUGCUCUUAAGUGGUGUCUAAUGGGUGGGAAUGGAGAUGGUUAUGGACCAUUGGACAGGACUGGCCAGAUCUAUAUCACAAACAUUCCAUCUGUUGACCGGGCAAUUUGGUUUCGUGUUUCUGCCCCGCAUAGAAAAUCUACACAUCUACAGUCGGACCAACUUGCACACUGAUUGGCCAGUUGCUUAUACGGGGAAGUGGUCAGAUAUAGAAAGUCCCUAUCUCUGACACACGGGGAGGGAAGAGUGAGGAAUUGAAGGAAUGUGCCACUAACUGUCUGCCUCACUUUUUAACUCUCUGACUGUUCUCUUACUGACUCUUCUGUCACGGCCUUGCCGAAGAUUGAAUUCGGCCCCUUGGCUUUGAGGGGGGUCCAGGAAUCGAGUUUAAAAACUGUCAGCCAAUGAGAUUGGUGGUUUGUAGAUGAGACUUUCAGGUAACAUUUUUUGUAUGAGGAUUGGGGAAAGAUGCAUCCGUCAUCCAAGUUUGCAAGAUGACUUUGUCUGGCUUACGUCUGCUUGGUUGGAUGGUGUCGUUUGAUUGGCCAGAAGGUUCUCCCCCAGUCUACAUAGUGCAUUCAGGGUCAACUGACAGCCAGGUAUCCAGAAACAGAAUUAUCCACAAAAUAAAUAAAGCUUGCACAUUGCUUCAGUCUUCCUCAAAGCAGUGGAUUCUGGGCAAUGGAAUUUCAGAAGGGAGUGGAGGGAGAUCGGAGAGAAUGACUCUAAGGGGGGGAAAGUUAUUAUAAAUAUAAUGUAUUAACACCCUAACCUGUGUCAGUGCAAAAAAGUUAUUCUAAAUAUGAUAUGGUUGUGGUUAGUUGAGCUGUCUCUGCUAUUCCAUGCAGUAGUGUUCCCAGACUCCUCUUCCCCAGGAGUCCGUUAACUUGUACCUCAACUCAGUCAAAACCCUACUCCCUUUUUUAAGAUGUGCUGUCAUUUGUGAACUCAUUUCUGGUUUGUGGGAUUGGUGCAGUCUGCAGGAAAAACUAAAUGUGAGUUUUAUCUGUCUGGCUCUCCCACAACAUAUUGCUGUGAUAUCAUCUCAGGCAAACAAAACCCAGUUCACAUCGACAGACCAGAGUCUACUUCUGACUACUAUACUGACUACACUGCCAGCCGUAGAUGGGUAUUCCUGCACGGUGUCUUGUGAUUAGUCACAGCUCCCCCCCCCCCCCCCCCCC